AUGACUGCUGAGGAUGAUCAGGAUGAAGUGAAUCAGAACUACUUAGCAGAUGAAGAGGAAGAAGCAGAAGAAGAGGCUCGGGUGAUGGUGGUACCCAAUUUGGAGGAAGAGGAGGAGGAAGAGGAGGUGAAAGAAGAGGAGGAAAAGGAUGAGGAAGAGGGUCAGGGUCAGCCAACAGGCAACACCUGGUGGCGGAAAUUGCAGAUCAUGAAUGAGUACCUGUGGGAUCCGGAGAAAAGGAUGUCUCUGGCCCGAACAGGUCAGAGUUGGAGCUUGAUCUUAGUCAUUUACUUCUUCUUCUACGCCUCCCUGGCUGCUGUGAUCACUCUCUGCAUGUACACGCUAUUUCUGACCAUCGGUCCUUACAUGCCAACAUUCACUGAGAGGGUGAAGCCUCCUGGAGUUAUGAUCAGACCCUUCGCCCAUAGCCUUAACUUCAACUUCAACGUUUCUGAACCUGACACUUGGCAGCAUUAUGUGAUUAGCCUAAAUGGCUUUCUCCAGGGUUAUAAUGACAGUCUUCAAGAGGAAAUGAAUGUAGAUUGCCCUCCAGGGCAAUACUUCAUCCAAGAUGGAAAUGAAGAUGAGGACAAGAAGGCCUGCCAAUUUAAGCGCUCCUUCCUGAAGAAUUGCUCUGGCCUGGAAGACCCUACUUUUGGCUACUCUACUGGACAGCCCUGCAUCCUUCUAAAGAUGAACCGGAUUGUAGGUUUUCGUCCUGAGCUUGGAGAUCCUGUGAAAGUUUCCUGCAAAGUUCAGAGAGGUGAUGAAAACGACAUCCGAUCCAUCAAUUACUAUCCAGAGUCGGCUUCUUUUGACCUCCGCUACUACCCUUACUACGGCAAAAUGACUCACGUUAACUACACCUCCCCGCUGGUGGCAAUGCACUUUACAGACGUGGUGAAGAACCAAGCGGUGCCUGUGCAGUGCCAACUGAAGGGCAAAGGCAUCAUAAAUGAUGUCAUCAAUGAUCGUUUUGUGGGUAGGGUAAUCUUUACUCUGAACAUAGAAACUUAAGAAUGUCGGGGGACACACACGCCAGUUCUGUUUCUGUUUUAUUUCAUGUUAUCCUUGGUAGCACCUGAAUUCUUUUUCUUUAAUCAGGACACAGCCAGUUGGACACCUAAGAGCAGAUCCUCUUUCCUUGCCUUUGACAUAUGUAUAAAAUGACAUUGUGGGAGCUAUUUGAUUUUUUAAAGGUGGUUUCUCCUGAUGACAGAUUAUAUUAAUUUCCUUCACCCUCCACUUAAAACUAAAACCCAUUCUUGCUGCUAGACAUCUCAGUGUAGUGCAAACAUAGUAUAUGAUAAAAUUCACAGUAGCCGUGAAGGAGAAUUUCUAUGAUGAUUAUAAAUUCAUUGUGUUUUCUAAAACUUUGUUGUUUUUAGAGGUGAGAUUCUUCCCAACUAGGAUGAUAACCUUUUUUCCCACCUGCUUGGCAAGGUUCUUCUGUGGGAAUCACCAGUUAGAUCAACCCAGAAUAUAUCUAGGGCCAUCAUACUUAAGGAAUUCUAUAUCCAAUGCUGCUUGAAAAACUGGCUGUCUCACGUGGGCAACUAAAUACUGAUUCAAAGACUAGGGUAUCUUCAACUGAAAGCAUGCUAACUGGAUAUUGUUCUGGAUAGAGAUGAAGACUUCCCCUAUGACUUUUUCGGGGGAAGGUGAGGCCCACUUGACUUGAGAACACUUAUUAUGUGAAUGUGAUUGGUAUUUGAUUCCUCGAUCUAUGGUGUAAUCAUCCAAACAUUCCUGUAAACAAGGUUGUCUCAUCUUCAGGCAGAGGAGAGAACAAAGAAGAAGAUCUCUACUCACUAUUUCUUCUUGGGCUAUUUGUUUGACAGUAGUGUGAUGUUCUCUGAGACCACAAGGGAUGGGUGUGUUGACCCCCAGCUACAGCUCUAGGGAUUGAAAUCAGGGUCUGCCAACAGAUACAUUAUAAGACAGAAAUCUUCUUGCAGGAAACCCUAAUUCAAGACUCAUUAGCCAGAUUUUCAUUUGCUUAAAAAAAUAUAUGAAGCCAAUGUUUAUCCAGGCUAUGGAUCAGCCCAGCUGCUUUGUCAUAUCUUUGGCCACUGCUUCUUAACACCUCCACCAGGGGGAGAGAUGGGACAAGGAGAAGUGAACAUGAGAGAAUAGCAUAGUGUCUCAGGAUCCAAAGUUAGCUUAACACUAGAAAGACUGAAACUUAGUAUAUACC